CCCACGGCGGCGGGCCCGGAGCGGGAGCCCCCCCGCCCCCGCUGCAGCCGCGCGCCUCGACGCUGGAGCCCCGGCAGGUUCUGGGUCUGAAGAAGACAUAACCCUGGUGCCUGCCUGCUUCCCUGCUGUGGCCCUGCUUGUCCCUCAGGGGCUGAGACGCUGACUGACCUUCACUGCCCAGCCCAGGGUACCUGGGACCCCACCAUCUCUAGGCCCGUCCAGCUGUUGUUACACUCCAGGGGCUGAGGAGUGAGGAGUUAAGGCACCAGAGUGAAAGCCCUCUGGGGCCUCAAGCAGAGGAGUAAAACUGGAACCAUCGGGGAACAUGAGUGAAUUUUGGCACAAACUGGGUUGCUGUGUGGUAGAGAAACCCCAGCCGAAGAAGAAACGGAGACGAAUUGACCGGACGAUGAUUGGGGAACCAAUGAAUUUUGUCCAUCUGACUCACAUUGGCUCGGGGGAGAUGGGUGCCGGAGAUGGACUUGCCAUGACAGGUGCAGUUCAGGAGCAGAUGAGAUCCAAGGGAAACCGAGACAGGCCAUGGAGCAAUUCUAGGGGAUUGUAGCUCCAACUGAAAUGGUAAGUGAUUAGAGAAGCCUGUUCAAUACCUCCUGCCCCUGUCAACACAUCCUAAUGCCCUGCCUCAGAACCCUGAUCCUCUGCAAGAAUGAGAGGUGAGAGG